AUGUGUGUGUUCAUGUACCAAUACUUCCUACCCCCUAAUCCCUACUCCUUAUCCCCUAUUCCCUAUCCCAUACUCCUACCCCCUACUCCCUAUUCCCUAUCCCUUAUUCCUUUCCCAUACUCCUACUCCCUUACCCCCAUCCUCUACUCUCUAUCCCAUACUCCUACCCCCUACUCCCUAUUCCCUAUCCCUUAUUCCUUUCCCAUACUCCUACUCCCUAUCCCAUACUCUUACCCCCUACUCCCUACUCCCUACCCCUUAUUCCUAUCCCAUACUCCUACUCCCUUACCCCCUAUCCUCUACUCUCUAUCCCAUACUCCUACCCCCUACUCCCUAUUCCCUAUCCCUUAUUCCUUUCCCAUACUUCUACUCCCUUACCCCCAUCCUCUACUCUCUAUCCCAUACUCCUACCCCCUACUCCCUACCCCUUAUUCCUAUCCCAUACUCCUACUCCCUUACCCCCUAUCCUCUACUCUCUAUCCCAUACUCUUACCCCCUACUCCCUACCCCUUAUUCCUAUCCCAUACUCCUACUCCCUUACCCCCUAUCCUCUACUCUCUAUCCCAUACUCCUACCCCCUACUCCCUAUUCCCUAUCCCUUAUUCCUUUCCCAUACUUCUACUCCCUUACCCCCAUCCUCUACUCUCUAUCCCAUACUCCUACCCCCUACUCCCUAUUCCCUAUCCCUUAUUCCUUUCCCAUACUCCUACUCCCUUACCCCCAUCCUCUACUCUCUAUCCCAUACUCCUACCCCCUACUCCCUAUUCCCUAUCCCUUAUUCCUUUCCCAUACUCCUACUCCCUUACCCCCAUCCUCUACUCUCUAUCCCAUACUCCUACCCCCUACUCCAUACUCCCUACCCCCUACAUGCUAUUCCCUACCCAUCCUUUACCCUCAUCCCAUACUCUGUAUCCCCUUUUCUCUAUCCCUUACUCCCUAUCCCCUACACUAGACAAUCAUUAG